CGCCAUUCCGAAUGCCCCUUCCCAGUUAAUGUCAACAGAGUCUCUGAAUGACUGUUGGCCUGGGACUGUCGAAGACGUGAGAGGCCUUAUUUCCCUACGGAUAGGCCCAAAAGCUUGCUCUAGGGGAGACAGUAGUUAUUGGAAUCCCCGAAACAGAAUACGAUUGGACUGUGAUUAUUUAGGAUGGACCAACUGGCACCGGGGACCAACAAGCCCUGCUGUGUGUGCGAUCGCAAUGUGAGGACCUGGAAUUGCGUCCAAUGCGCCAACGAUGCGUUUUGUGACGAGUGUUGGGUCAAGGAACGCCCCCAUAGAGCGGGAGCGGUGGGAAUCGACGGCCGGCCACAUGAGAAAGUUGACCCGGAGGUAGUGCAGCGGCUGACGCAAAUCUUUGGCCAUGACCGGAGCCUGGAAGAGCAGGAGGCCCUGCACGAGUCCGACAUUAACACUACCUGGUUUGGUGUCCUGAAGGGAUCAAACCAGCAGUUCCUCCACUACUCAAACCGCCUCAUCAACAUCAUGCGUGAGAGCCAGACCGGCGAUUUUGCCGAGAGAUUCCCGCACUUGGUGUCGUUUGUUGGCCAGACAGGUGCUGGCAAAAGUACGGUCAUCAAGAUGCUCAUCAACCGUGAGCAGGCUUGCACCAACACGCGGCCGCACCAUGCAGACAUAUUUUCCGCCCCUGUAACUGGCCUCGUCCACGACAACAUCCCGACCACAGGCGACGUCCACCUGUACUCUGACCCCUCGACAUAUUCGGGCCGCCGGCCAAUCCUCUACGCCGACUGCGAGGGCAUGAGUGGCGGCGAGAAGCUGCCCCGGGGCGUGGCGUGCAAGGAGAAGCUCGAGGCGGCCAAGGCCACCACGCGCGUGGCCAAGAGCAAGCUCCGGAAACCCCUGGAAUGGGCAAAUGGCGCCAAACCGCAGUCCAGAGAUUACGCCGUCAAGCGCCUGUACCCGAGGAUACUCUACACCUUCUCCGACGUCGUUGUCUUUGUCCUCCGCGAGGUCAGGACGUUUGAAACAGAAGUCCUUCAGAAGCUGGUCGAGUGGGCUUACUCGUCCAUCGACAAGUCAAUCAACCAGCCAAACCUGCCGCACAUCAUUAUUGCCUUGAACGCAACGGAGAACGCCAUUGAUGAGAAGCAAUGGGACCUGAAAGUUGCAACAGAGAAGCUGCUCGACGACUAUAAGGACUCGAUACAUCAGGUUCAAAAGCUCCAGAAUAUCGUGGCAAGCUUGAAGACGAUUGACAAGAAUAUCUCAUCGACCAAGGAGCUUCUGGAGUACUACUACUCGUCCAUAACAGUGGUCCGCAUCCCGACAAAGGGCCGCUACAUGCUGAUCGACGACCAGAUCGGAAAGCUCCAUGCCGUCAUCCGUCAGAAAUGUUCAACCUCAUUCGCCCACAAAAAGUCGGUCCGCAUGCUUCUCAACGCCGAGAGACUGCAGCAAUACGUUAACUCGGCCUACGAUCACUUCUCUCGCCGACUGGACGAGCCUUUUGACUUUGUGAAGGAAGCACUGCGGCACAACCCAAUGCCUCGCGAUUUCCGAGGUCACAUCCUGAACCUGAUGCUGUCCAUCUACAACGAUGUCGACAGCUUCAAGGACCGCCGGUGUGGAGAGAAGCUUCUGAAGCUUCUGAGUUGGCCGAUUGCCUCUUGCGUGAUGCUCGCUGCCGCCAGAGAGGACCUGCAAGGGUCUUAUAAAACACUGCUCUGGAACACCUUCUACAUGCCAAUCAAGGCAGCCUACGACGAAUUCUGCGAGCAAUGGCUCCGCUGCGGCUUUUCCCAAAACGGCAGCACGUGCUGCGUCGUCAAGAAUCUGCACAAGAAAGGCCACCAGGCGCGAUCCGGCAAGAUUUUCUCCAAGGGGUCCUACAGUCCAGAGUUCUCGUCCGACGUGUUCUUCGACGAUUGGAUGCUGGUCAUUAACGCUCACCUCGGCAUACUCAUCAGAAAGCUGAACGAGUUCGGCGCCGACGUGCAGGAGAGGGAGCUGGUGGCCAGGCUGCACCGUACCGAGAUCGAGACCUUCUACCGCAAGCUCGACUCGGUGGCAAAGGUCAAGAGCCACGCGACCUGCCUCUGCUGCGUGCGCAAAGUUCCCGAGCACGUGCUGCCCUGCGGUCACGUCCUCUGCGACGCCUGCGUCCAGUCCAUCGGCGACGAUGUCGGCGGCUGUGUGUUCGAGGUCCGGUAUUGUCCGCUGCAUCCCCAGUAUGCAAAGUGGUACGACAACCCGGUCAGGAUCAAGUUCAAGCCGAAGGACGCUGGCGUUCGCCUUCUCUGUCUCGACGGAGGAGGUAUCCGAGGCAUCGUUGAAUUGGUGAUUCUCAGAGCGAUUGAAAAAGAGCUCGGCGACUUGAUCCCAGUCCAGAACUUUUUCGACUUGAUAGUCGGGACGAGCACCGGAGGAAUCAUUGCUCUUGGCUUGGGUGUCAAGAACUGGCGGGUAUCGACAUGUAUCGCCCAUUUCAAGAAGCUUUGCAAGGACGCUUUCACGGCUCGGCCAUUGAAGCGGCUUGCCCUUGUCAGCCACAAGAGCUACUACAAGUCAACGCCCUUUGAGCUGGCUUUGAAGGCAGCAUUUGACGACCAGUCUCUCUUGUUUGGUGGCUCAUCCAGCGAGCUCAGGACCCCAGUCAAGGUAGCUGUGACGUCAACCGCUGCGACAGAGAACAGACCAGUCAUCUUGACGAAUUACAACUCUUCGGGAGUGAAACGUGAGAAGCUGCCAUACCAGUUCCUUCGGUCUCAGGACCCAGCCACGGAGCUUAAGCUCUGGGAAGCCGCUCGAGCGACAUCGGCUGCUCCCUUGUAUUUCAAGCCGUUCAUCAAAGCCGAGACUGGGGUCCCAUUCACAGACGGAGCCAUCCACCACAACUGUCCGGCAUGGGUUGCUCACUGCGAGCGGCAAGUUCUCUGGGAAGAUGUUCGAAAUCGCCAGCCGGACAUUUUGUUGUCUCUUGGGACAGGUCUCAGCAGCCAGCCCUUGGCGCAGAGCGCAAAUGUCGAGGCCGAAAUCAAGAAGGCCGAGCGGACUCUCCAGAAGCGCAGCACUUCAGGCUUCACCUACAUGUGGCGGACUGCCUAUGGCAUUUUGGACAGCCAGCUCAACAGCGAGCAGACAUGGCGCGACUUCUCCAACAAGAUGCUGCCCCGCGGUUGGUCGACGGAAGAAGAGCGACGAUACAUGCGAAUCAACGUCCAGCUCAAAGGCGACCGCCCAAACCUCGACCAAGUCACAGAGCUACAGUCGCUCGAAGACCAGGCUGUUCAAAGCAUCUCCCGUAACCCCGAUAUCCGGGAGACAGCACACCGGCUGGUGGCCAGCUCGUUCUAUUAUGAACGACACUCGGGAAUUCACCAGGAAUUAAGCGGGAAUUUUACUACCCGGGGAUACAUACACUGCCGCUUUGACAAGGGCAGCCAGGAUAUCAAGGGCCUCGGCCAAAUCUUACGGAACUGCUACAACGGCGACUUUGAACCCUUCUUCCUGGUGCAGGAGAACUACGGCCUCGCCGACGAGACGUACAAGGAGUUUGCCAUCCCGCCGGCGACGCUCGACGACAUGUGCCGCCGCGGCCUGUUCGACAUGCCUACCGAAGUCACCGUCGAGGCGUCGAUCCACUCCAGCGCCACGCGCAUGGCGCUCUGCCUGCAGGAGCACAGCUACCUGAAGAGCGGCAUCCCGCAGGCCGAGCGCUACCUGUCCAUUAGCGGCUUUCCGCGCGAGAUCUUCAUGCAGGAAGAUAAAAAACCGCUACCGCCCGUGCCCGAGGCCGAGGCCACAGCACCCGCAAGAAAGGCCUCUGCCGACGGAGCCAGCACUUCUGUUCCCACCCUUAGCACUACCACCGGCGGCGCCACCAGUCCCGGAAGCAGUUCCUCUCUCGCCGGUAUUACUGCUGAGCAGCAGCAGCAGCAGCAGCAGCAGGGCGGCGUGCUCUCGCGCCCAGAAUCAACGUCGACUACCUCGUCGGCCGAGAAAGACCAGCCGCUCAAGCAGCGCUCAGGCAUCUUCAGCCUCGGCCGGAACUCGACGCUGUCGGACCUCAGCCUACGCGGCCGCUUCGCCAGCAGCAGGCCCAAGAGCGAUGAGAACAAGCACCACCCCCACCCCUACAGCCACACACGGAACAGCACCGUCACGCUCGUCGCUAGCCCAGAUCCGCUUAGCACGCCCAUGUUCACGGCUCCCCGCGUUGACGAGGAGGACGGAGAGGAGGACGAAGAGGAGGACGAAGAGAGCAAGCAGAGCGGACAUUCAGAGGAGCGGCCGAGUGCGGACGCGACGCCGCUUGAUGACGACUGGUCGAGAGACGAGCCGUGGGCCGUGACGGUCGGGAUCGACGAUGACAACUUUGGCGGCCAGGCUGCCAGGAGGAGGAGCGGUGGCAGUGUAGGCAGGACCAAGGCACAGGCGCUAGGGUUCGGGCUCGCCGUGCUGGAGGUGGACAUUCCUGAUACGGACGGGAGGCUCUUCUAGGGCGGUUGUUUUCAUGUGAGAAUGUUUAGUUAGGUAAUUGCUGCGUUAUAUAUCGUGCGAUGUUCUUCAUCUAUACAUGUAACUAUAUCAUUGCGCUUCGAAUA